AUGGCAUUGUGGGAUCAAUUUAGUAAAUUAUCAAUAAAUUUAACUAGUGGAAAUUUUAAUCCAAAUGAAUUUGUCUUCGUUAAAGAUAGUAAUGUCUUUAUGAGUGACAGUUCUCAUGUAUUAUUUGCAAUUUUACUUUAUUAUAUUAUUAUAUUUGGUGGUAAAUUUUUAUUAAAAAAUACAAAACCAUUAAAAUUAACUUUAUUAGUUAAAUUUCAUAAUUUAUUUUUAACUUUGAUUUCACUUUUUUUAUUAUUAUUAAUUAUUGAAGAAUUAUUACCAAUUAUUAAAAAAUUCGGUUUAUUUUAUUCAAUUUGUAAUGUUAAUGCUUGGACUCCAAGAUUAAGAACAUUAUAUUAUAUUAAUUAUUUAAUUAAAUUUUGGGAAUUUAUUGAUACUUAUUUUUUAGUAUUAAAACAUAAAAAAUUAACUUUUUUACAUACUUAUCAUCAUGGUGCAACAGCUUUAUUAUGUUUUACUCAAUUAUUUGGUGGUACAGCAAUUGCAUGGGUACCAAUUACUUUAAAUUUAACCGUUCAUGUUAUUAUGUAUUGGUAUUAUUUUCUAUCAACCUGUGGUAUUAAAGUUUGGUGGAAAGAAUGGGUUACACGUUUACAAAUUAUUCAAUUCAUUAUUGAUGUAAGUUUCAUAUUUUUCACUACUUAUACUAAAUUUGUUCAUAUUUAUUUAAAUGAUUCAGGUUUACCAAAUUGUGGUGAUUGUGCAGGUACAAUGAAUGCAAUGUAUUGGGGUGCAUCAAUUUUAUCAUCUUAUUUAAUUUUGUUCAUAUUUUUCUAUGAGGAUCAUUAUACUCAUAAGAAUAAAAAACUAAAAUCAAAUUCAUCACAAUCAAUUAAUAAUAACAAAAAGAAACAAUGA